AUGGCGAGCCAUAACGACGGGGUCAAUCCCCUGAGACCGUACUACAUCCCCCCAACCAUCGGAGAACCGCCCGAAGCUCUGCCCACCCCUGGCCCGCGCGCAUUUUCCCAUGCCAACUCGACGGGGAGGUACGCCUCCAAGGCACGCGACAUUUUCUCCGACAUAGACUACAAGGACUACAUUGCUGAGCCAUCGCCGUCGGCGGUACAGACACUCAAGGAGGUGUUGGACGAGCUGCUAUGGAAGUACACGUCCGUCUUGAUGGCGCAACCCUUCGAGGUCGCCAAAACCAUUAUGCAGGUAAGGGCUCAGGAUGACCUCGGAGGGCUAGAAGCGGCAGCAGCCACAGCAGCGGCAGCGGCAGCGGAGGAGGCCCGACAGAAGCAGGCCAGCCAAAGGAUAAAUAUGUAUGACGAGGAUGCCCACUAUGAUUCAGACUCAGACCUCGACGAGUCGGCCUUCUUUACCUCUCACCAACCGCGAACACCAUCACCUAUCCUCUCUCGCUCAAAGCACCCGAGGCAUCCGACCUCCCAAUCUCCACAACCAGCUUCCAGGCCAAUACCAGCACACCAACUAGCCAUUCGCACGCCCGACUCAGUAUUGGAGGUGAUCGCCCAGCUGUGGCAGAAAGAAGGCGCUUGGGGCGUGUGGAAGGGCUCCAACGCGACGUUUAUUUACUCCGUCCUCCAGUCCCUUCUCGAGAAUUGGUCCCGCAGCCUCCUCAGCGCCCUGUUCAACGUCCCGGAUCUAGGCGUCAAGAACGACUUGGACCGGCUCGUAGACAUCGCAACCCCGUACCCCUGGGCCUCCCUCUUCGUCGCCGCCGCGGCGGCCAUCGUAACAGGCCUCAUCCUCUCCCCGCUCGAUCUCAUCCGCACCCGCCUAGUAAUAACCUCAGCCGCCUCCCGCGCCUCGCGCCGCACCCUCUCUGCGCUCCGCAGCCUGCCGUCCUACCUCUGCCCCUCACCCCUCGUGGUGCCGACGAUCCUGCAUUCCCUCGUGCACCCGCUCCUGACCCUUUCCACCCCGCUCGUCCUCCGCACCCAAUUCAUGAUCGACCGCGAGCUGGCGCCCACCACCUUCUCCGUCGCCAAGUUCUGCUCGUCCACCGUCGCGUUGGCUCUCAAGCUCCCGCUCGAAACGGUCCUCCGCCGCGGCCAGGUUGCCGUACUUAACUCGCCGCGGUAUCUCAGUGCUAUGGAAGGAGGGGGGGAUGCGGGGGGGAAGGGGAAGAGUAGGAAGCUGGAUGAGACGCCUGCUGCUACGGAAAUGGAGACGGUCGUCCCGGUGGGGAGGUAUGACGGCGUGUUUGGGACAAUGUAUGCCAUUGUGUACGAGGAGGGGUCCCAUGUCGUGCCCGGCACGGUCGCAGGCACGGGAGCGGGGGCUAAGGCGAGGAAGAACAAGGGGGUGGCUGAGGCGGUGUACAGGAGAGGGCAGGGCCUGGAUGGGUUGUGGAGGGGAUGGAAGGUUAGUUGGUGGGGACUGGUUGGGUUAUGGGCGGCUGGUGUGCUGGGUGGUGGCGGAGACGGGGAAUUCUGAGGUCUCUUCUAAUCUUCCCUCUCCCAGUUGCUCUCUGACCAAAGGGAAGAUGGAUGAUGAGCGGCUGCGAAGGCGUGUCAGGGGAGAAGUGUCUGGAUAAGGGCGUCCGUGUCCGUACGGCAUGACAUGGUACGGUGUAACUCGGCACAGGACUGGCUCAGGGGCGUUUACGGGCAGCGAAUUUUUUUCGGUUUCCAUUUCUGCGCAGUGAUUCCCCGCUCAUGAAAGACUAUGAUAUCUAUCUUACCUUGGUUGCGGGAUUCCAGGGCGUGGGCUUGGGUUGCAUCUGUAUCUCUAGCUGGCUGUGUAAAGUAUGACAACAGUGGCGGUGGAUACAUAGAGUCAAUAAUAGGCCGGUUGAGGUCAGCCUCGGCCGGUGUUUUAUCACGGU